AUUUGAAAAGAAUUUUUGGAGUAGAACCUAUUAUUAAUACUCAAAGAGGUUAUGUACGCAUUUUUAAUUAAACAAAAAUAUGUCUCGUAUAAAUAUAUCAAUUUUAGAAAGAUGGUCAUUAAUCCUCAACCAUAUGCCAAAGAAUCACAUUUAGCUGUAGAUUGUCAUCUGAUAUAAGUGGGAAAAAAAAGUAGGGAGACAGUAAAAGUGACACACGCUUGAAAGAGAACUUCAUUCAUUACUAAGGCAGCUAUGAUAUUGCCUUCAAAAUUGAAAGUGUUGCGUCUGAUAUCUUUAAACAACAAAAACAUAGGUUCAUUUAUAAAUGAAAAAAUGACUAGUAUUCACUCAAGUGAGAAUGCAGAAGUUCAUGAGAUGCCAAUGAAUGUUUUGAUUAGACCAUUUCCACCUGAAGUUAAUGAUGAAAAAGUUAGAAGUCUAAUGAAAACUUUACAAGAUCCCGACACUGAAUCUUUGGUACCUCCUGUUGAUGUUCUAUGGAUUACAGGAAGAGAAGGCGGUGAUUAUUAUUAUUCAUUUGGAGGUUGCCAUCGUUAUAUAGCUCAUCAAAAACUUGGUAAACCAACAAUAAGAGCAAAACUAAUAAAAUCAACAGUUACAGAUUUACGAAGUUACCUCGGAAAUUCAACACCGGAUCUUAAAUAAAAUUUAAAUCGUUUUUUUUUUUCUUAGUAAGACAAUAUAAAUCAAGCAGAUAUUGAAUAUAAAAAAAAUUAAUAAAAUUAUUCUAUUUAUA